AUGGCAGCUCAAAGCUACGCAGCUAUCGCUCAACUCCACCCCAACUUCAGCCAUGCCAAGCUUGCAGGUGUUGUCAUUUGGAAAAAUGACAGCAGAGGAUUUCCUGACAGAAAAAAUAUUGGUGAAGAAAGACACACUUUUGGAUUCACAAUCAGAGACUCUCCUGACUUCUUCAUCAAUGUGGCCGCCUGGGGAAGUGAGGUAUACAUUAACGGCCUUACAAACAGCUUUUCUGUAGGAGACUGUGUCACAAUAGAUAAUCCCUUAAUCACUUAUAAAGACCCAGAGAAAGAUGACAAAUACUGCCCCACAACUCCAAGUAUCUUUAGACUGACUGUGACAGAGGCCCACUCCCGGGUUUUGAAUUGUGCAGACAUGGUUGUCAUUGAGAGGAUGCUGCCUCUCUCCCACCUGCCAGUCAAAGACCCCCAGGAUUUCUACUCCCUCGGGGACAUCGUGGCCAAUGGACAGACACUGGAUGGCACAGUCAUCAAUGUGUUGGCAGCUGUAAGAUCGAUUGGAGAGUUGAAGCAGUUCACCACUUCAGACGGACGUAGAGGGCAGAGAAUGGAAGCCAAGCUCUUUGACGACUCUGUGUCUUCAUUUCCUCUCGUCCUCUGGGACAGAGAGGCCAUUCAGCUCGUACAAACGCUGUCGCCCAAAGAGACGGUGCUCUUCAUAGCUGAUGUGAAGAUUAGCUUUGACAGUUUUCGAAAAGCUAUGGUAGCCACUGUUAACUGCAAGACCAUUAUCACCGUCAAUCCAGAUACCAGAGAGGCCAGCCUGCUGUUCAGCUAUGCUCAAGAGCUCUCAGAGACUGGAGGACUGGAUGAGGAGGAGAAGCCUGAAGAUGUGCCUGUUGAGUCCAUCACUGACGUGUACACAGUGAACCAGCUCAAGCAAAAGUCACUGGAAGAAUCCGAGCCUUUCUUUGGCGUCACAUACAGCUUCAUCUCCAAACUGGAUGUCGAUUCUUCUGUUUCCAAAGUCAUUCGGACACGAUGCACCAGAUGUAAAUUCCAGGCGUCUGAAGAUGGGCAGAGCUGCACCAAUGAGAUGUGUCCAGGAAGAGAGCAGGGCUUUUCUGCUGCUGCCGUCUUUGACCUGCUCGUCGAUGUCUCAGACCACUCCGGUACUCUGCACGGGUGCAUCUUCAGAAGUCCAAUGGUAGAGAAGAUAUUAGACUGCACGGUAGAAGAGUUUAAAAAUCUGACUGACGAUGAACGGACAGCUUUGAAGUGGAGGUUUCUUUUGGAAAGAUGCAAAAUAUAUAUAAAGAUGCUUCCACCCAAUAAAAUGAGACCUGCGACCAAAGGCGUGAUCCUGGGGUUCUCAUUGGCUGAUCCAGGAGAGGUGAAGCAGCGCAUGUCUGCCCUGUUGUAAAGAA